CCUUCACACCUCCUCUGCCGCUGCCAGCUGCUUGCGCCGCCAGCUGCCACCCCCCCAAAUCGUGUGCCGACACCGCGCCAGCGGCUCAAGCAAGGAGGCCUUUGUCACCUGUAGCCUGCUCCUCUCCUCAAUCUACUCCUUCCCGCUCGCACCGCUGUCGCACGCAGCCGGGUGACCGAUCUCGUUCCCCCCGAUGGCCAUUGAGCCGAGCAGCCGCGCUCUCCCUCCCUCGACGCCGUCGUCGCUGUGAACCAGCCGCCCGUCCGACUCGAUCCAUUGCGUCCCGCCAGACUGACUGCCAGCCGAACCAACAUCCAUCCGCCCGACAUGCGCCCCGCGAUGGGCGGCAACGCCGGUUCCGAGGCGCAGGGCGGCGCCCUUCGCGAGGCCGUCACCUACUGGUCAGACUUCAUCGCCCGGUGCAUCUUCAAGCGUCUCGACGUCGACAAGUUCAAGGAGUUUGUCCCGCUCAUCCACUCCAAGCACCCGCUGCCCCCCGUCAUCGUCGCCGACCUCUUCCUCAAGCCCCAGGGCUCCAACAACGUCAGCCUUGAUCCGCGCUUCCCCCCGUACAUUCAGACCCUCACCCAGCUGGGCUACGUCGACGCCCCGUCGCUACUCCUGUCGCUCCAUAAAUACUCGGCACUCCACAAGCACGUGAAGCCCUCAUCCGACGCCCAACAGUUAGGCGCGGCCGACGACGAGGCCUCUCGGAAACCACAGGAGCCGCGUCGUUGGAAGAUCUCCGCCUGGGCCGAGGAGUUCAUCUUCUACCAUGUCAUAAAGAUGAUCAUCGAUGGCACCGCCAUCCGCGAGGCCCGAGCUGCCCUGGUCAUUGUCAAGGUGCUCUGCAAGUGGAUGGACCUCUUCGCCUCCGUCUCGACCGCGCUCUCCGCCGACGUCCUCGGAGAGAUUCAAAAUCCACAGCACCGCGACGACAUGGAGUCUUCCCGCGCCGCCUUUGUCCCGCUGCUCCUGCGCAUGGUGGAGAGCACCGAGUUUCUCGACGUCAUCGGCAAGCCCCUUGCCAAAGGUGCACGCAAAGAGCUCUCACAGAGCAUGUCCGGCUUCAUCCACACCCUGCAGGCCGCCCCCGGCUUCGUCGAGAGGCUCGAAAUGUUCCGCUCCGAGACGCUCGCAAAAUUCGACCCCGCUGAUAAAAAAAAGCAGGCCGCUGCCAACGCCGCAAUGGAUGAGUUGUUGGAGAACGCCGCGGGCCUCGACGACUUUGUCGUGGCCGAUAUCCCCAUCUCCAACACGCGGGCUGGGCUAUACGUGCACUUAAACGCAUCGCUUGCUGGUCGGCCAUUGAUUGAUGACAAUGCAUUACUCUCAUACAUUCACAACAGAUAUCAGGGCGAGACCCAAUCCGGCGCCGUUGACCUCAUUCUGGCCUCGUUUGAUGUCCUUGCCAAUGCCGUCUUUCGCAAUGAGGGCCCAAGGGACGCCCACGUGCUCAAGUCGUUUCUGGUGAACAAGGUGCCCUUGCUCCUCUCGCAGCUGUUUUCGCCGCAAUUCUCCACCACAUCAUCGGAGUUCUGCAUUACAGAGGCGCUGAAUCGUGUCGAUACGAGCGUCUUUCCGACGGCGUCACUCAUGUUUGACGAGUCGCGGAGUAACAAUCCAUACACGGAAAGCGUGAGGGAAGAGUUUUGUACUGCGUGCGCACUGCACGGCCUGGUGCAGCGCGAACAUGUCGAGAGAAUACUGGGCGAGACGUCCAUGUCAUACGAGCCAUCUCUGGAGAAGCUUUCCAAGGAUAAGCUGGUCCAAGACUGUCUUUCAGACUCGGAAAAGAUUCAAAGUCUCGUCAGAGAGCUGGACAAGAUGGAUGGCAACGUCGGUGCCAUGUGCCAGGCACUCGUGGAGAUCAUUCGCCAACUCUGUAACACCAAGGAGACGGUGUUCUUGAGGGUCUUGUGCAGCGAGCUGGCGCAAAAGCCCCAGUCUCUGGAUAUCCUGCUCCUUUUCGAAAAGCUCACAUCGGUCCUCGAGCCUGUGUGCCAGCUGUUGGACACGUGGAGAUAUGACGACCCGGAAGGGGAGUACCAGCCCAUCUAUGAAGAGUUUGGUGGCAUCAUGCUCCUCGUCCUAGCCUUUGUCUAUCGAUACAGCCUGACGCCAGCGGACAUUGGCAUCACAUCUCCAGAAUCGGGCGUGGCCAAGAUUCUGACCCGAGCCCACAUCGCCCGUUCCAACGACGAGUUGGUGGGCCGCGAGGCUUCCCACAUGAAUGGCUGGAUUCACGGGCUCUUCGACACCGAGUCGGGCGGUCUCGGCGAUGAGCUGAUGUCGUCUUGCCCCCCGCAGGAGUUUUACUUGCUCGUGGCCUCGAUAUUCCAGAGCACCGUCGUCGCCUAUACCUUUGGCUACAUCAAUGACGAACAGCUCAAGUCUGGUAUCGAAUACGUGGGUGACACAUUUUUGCUGCCGUCGCUGGUGCCAGCCCUCCAGUUUCUCUCGGACUCGCUUUGGGUCGAACAAAAGGGGCAAAAGACCAUCAUCAAGAUUCUGCAUCUUAUCCUCCUUCCAAACUUGGCGUCGAGUGAAGCCGGGGCGAUGCUGUCCUCGGUCAAGUAUCUAAUUGCCAAACCACUGGAGAACUCUCUUCGGGCGUACCAGAAGCAGGACCCUAAGAACCAGGAUAUUGAUCCGCUGCUCCGGGCGCUCAAGGACAGUCUUCCGCUAUCGCGGCGAACGGGAGGCGCAGAUCACAACGAGAUGAGCUCAUGGGCGAGCAGCUCGAGCAGCGGCCUCGCGGGGGCAGUCAAGCACACAAUACAGGGGCUCGUCCAGUGGAGUCUACACCACGGCAUCAACGCGACGCCGGCGUCGUAUACUCACCGUCAGCUGAUGGCAUCAUGCAGGGUUGGGGGCACCAGGCGCAUGCUACAGGUGAUGCUAGACGAGAUCCGGCAUCAGUCCGAGGCCGGGAGCGCGAGCAUCGUCUACGACGUGGUCGGCGCCAUGAUAUGCGCGCCAGACGUGACCAACGAGCCCCCGCCGGCAGCGGGCAUUUUGGAUGUUUCGGGCAACAUGCCUCCGCCAGUGCAGCGGCCGUUGACCCUGCGGGAGGUGCUCAGGGCGGAGGCGGAGGACUGCCGAAAGCUGCAGAAGAAGGACCCCGUCUUGGCUGAGAUUGUGGCCCGUCUGCAUCGAAGGGUGGAAACACACAUGGCGCUCCCGCAGCCGCAAACACUGCUCCCGGGGCAGGACAUGCCGCUGGACCUGAACGGCGGGACCGGCGGCCUCGAGGACGCCAUGGCCGCAGCUGCCGCCGCCGCGGGCGUCCAGGGCGAUGCGAUGCCGGUGGACGGCGUCGGCUUGGACAUGGGCAUGGGCAGCGUCGGGUCGGACCUUGGCCUCGGCGGCGGGAGCGCUGGCGGCCUUGACAACACUGGCGACGCAGAACUUUUUGGGCUGGAUCACGGCAUGGGCAUGUUUGACGGCUGGGAGAGCAUGGACUUGAGCGGGAGUUGAGGGCUGAAGUGGGCGUUUAUUUGAUAGCACUUGUGAUACCAGAGUCGCGGCGGCGCUGAGUGCGCUGUGUUGGCUACUACUUUGAGGGAUUGGCAUGGCGAUUGGGCCGGUGUUUUGUUGUCGGGACAAGGCCAACAAACAAGCUGGGCCGACUUGGUUGUAGAGGGGCAUGCAUAGCAGGCGGGUGAAGUUGAGAUGAUGGAAG